AUGAAAUUAUUUAAGUUUUUUGCGGUCUCCUCGGCUGUCGGUGCCACCGAACGACCAGAAACUGAUGAUGUGUUUAUGAACCAAUGUCAAGCAGCAUACUUGGAAAGCAAAGGUAUUAAGAUCGAUCAGGAGAUGAUCAUUGAAGACGACUGCGACAAGGAAGGCGAAGAAAAUCGUGCUGCCGUCGGGACCGUCACGAGAUGGACUAAUCUGUGGGACCCAGCUGAGAACAAGUUUAUCGUUCCAUAUUACUUCGCAGAGGGUUAUGAAGACCUCGUGUUCGGCAAACACACUGGGGCAAGGUCAAUGGAGGUAAUCAACGAAAAUGUCGCUCAUUUUGAGCGACUUACAUGCAUCAAGAUGAAACUUAUCACCGAAGUAGAAAAAGACGACUACACUUCGGUCAUAAGGGUCUAUGGGGAUGAUCCAAAUAAAGAAUGCUCAUCUGGCAUUGGUCGCUCCUUUGGCGAUAGUUUUGUCCAUAUGCGAGCUGAUUGCUACACCUGGAACGAGGGCACAACGAUCAAUCACGAGUUCAUGCAUCGACUCGGAUUUCUCCACGAGCAUUCACGCGCUGAUCGUGAUGAACACGUGACUAUUCACGCAAAUAAGGUUAACGAUUGGAACUACCGAAAAUUGACCUACGGUCCAUCGGACAUCGGCCAAUGGGAGGAUCUUAACAGUCCAUACGAUUUCAACUCGAUAAUGCACUACUACUCUGGGACGCAGCCAGAUGGACUUCCAACCAUAAGCGUUGCCGGAAAUCUGGCAGUCCGCGCUCCUGUUGAUCGAACAUGGCCAAUGUCGGACCAGGAUGCAUUCCAACUUAAUGCUUACCAAGGCUGUGAAAUGAACAACAAGUGUGCUGAUGCUGGGCCAAAUCGAUGCGGAGCACCGUUCCACGUUUGCUUGAACCAACCGAUCGGUUACGAAUGCGUCUGUGUCGUCGGCUUUGAAAGAGUUAUUGACGCCGAUGGAGUUCAAACUUGUAUUCGCAGCCCUGAUCCAACAUCGGAACCAACACCUCCGCCAGCAAAACUCGUACAGGACAUGGUGGUGAUGAUUGAUGGAAGUGGCUCAUACAGCGGAUAUAGGGAGGCCACAUGCGACGGUCUCAAGACACUCAUCAGAAGAGGAAUUGAUAUAGAAGAAAAACGAAACGAAAAAUUCCGUUUCGGUUUUACCCUUUACUCGGAUAGAACCUUCAUGACAGAAGAGUUUACAAGAACCUCUAGCAGAGUCUACGAUUUAGCAAUGCCAUUGGUUGACGUUUCGACUUUCGUUAAAGAUGAUGGAAAGACGAUAGAUGAAGGAAAACUCGACGAUGUUAAACAAAGCUGCAUAACUCGUCUUGGGAGCAUGUACGGCGGAGGUGAUUGGGAAGAGGAUGUUCUUUCCGGUGCAAUAUGGACAAGAUCAGCUGAUGCGAUGAAUUGGUCGGAAGAUUCUGCGAAAUCCAUCAUUGUAGCAACUGAUGUUCAUUAUUGGACUCAAGAAAGGGGUCUCACGUGA